UGAGGUGAGGCGGUGUCCCUGUGCAGAUGCCGUGGAGCUGAGGCUGGCGGGCGGCAGCAGUCCCUGUGCCGGGAGGGUGGAAAUGAAGCUGCAGGGACAGUGGGGCUCGGUGACAGAUGACACCUGGGACCUGAAGGACGCCGAGGUGGUUUGCCAGCAUGUGGGCUGUGGCUCGGCUUCCGGUGCCUACUACGCCCUUGACACCUUCGGUUUAGGUGUUGGGCUCAUCAGCCUGGCCCUGGUGGACUGCAGUGGGAACGAGGCCACACUCUUGGACUGCAAAAUCCGAGGCUGGGGACCCUAUAACAGCAGCAUUCAUGACUUGGACAUUGCCGUUUUCUGCCAAGGGUUCUCCCGGCUAGUCGGAGGUGAUGGAGCCUGUGCCGGGCGUCUGGAGGUGCGUCAGGGCCGGGCCUGGGUCGGUGUCUGUGAGGAUCAGGUGGACAUGAAGGCGGCCCAGGUGGUGUGCAGGGAGCUGGGCUGCGGUGAGGCGCUCGCCAUCCCUGGCCGUGCUGGAUUUGGGAGAGGAUCAGGAUCAUUCUGGGACAGGGGCUUCCAGUGCAAUGGCAGCGAGCCCCUCCUCAGUGCCUGUGCCCGGCGUCCAGCCCACAGGCAGGGCUGCACCGGCCCUGCCAGCGUCACCUGCUCGUCCUACACGGGCUUCCGGCUGGGCAACAGCAGCUCGGGAUGCUCCGGGCGAGUGGAGGUGGCGGUGCGGGGCACGUGGGGAUCCGUCUGCGCCAGCGAGUGGGACCUGGCCGACGCGCACGUCCUGUGCCGCCAGCUGGGCUGCGGCCGCGCCUUCAGCGUGCCCCCGGGAGGCUCCUUCGGCAGCGGGGAGGGGCCGCUGCGGCCGGACGCCUUCGGCUGCAGCGGGAGCGAGCGGCACCCGGGCGAGUGCCCCGUGGCCGUGCUGGGGAAGCCGCCCUGUGCGCCGGGAAACGCCGCCGCCGUCAACUGCUCAGGCAGUGUCGAGUCCCUGCGGCUGGUGGAAGGUGAGACCCGGUGCGAUGGGUUUCUGGAGAUGGCCGUAAGCACCGGGGCGUGGCACCGUGUACCAGGAGAGGUUUCGCCCGUACGGAAUUUCAGCAAAGUGUGCUGGGAGCUGGGCUGUGGAGGACUGGACAGGACUGAUGCUGUCCAUGGUCAGAUCUACCUGUUGGAUGUCAACACGACGGAGAAGCCCAUGACAGAACGGGUGAUUCCAACCAUCAUGGACACAACCCCCAAUGUGACCACUGGGACAAUUGGCGAUGAUAAUUUUGGGUAUGAAAGGGAAUUUGUCACGACUGCAGCAGCUGACAUCCCUCAUGGGAGCUACACUGUGUGCUCAGGUGGGUGUUGCGAGAGGGGCCGGAGGUGGCGGUGCCCCAGGCAGCCACCCCAGCCCAUGCCUUCCGUGCCCACAGGCAGCCGGCAGGUGAGGCUGGUGGGGAGCUCUGGGCGCUGUGCCGGGCGCGUGGAGGUCUAUUCCGGUGGCAGCUGGAGCUCCGUGUGCCAGGAAGGCUGGGACCUGCAGGACGCCGCCGUUGUCUGCCGGCAGCUGGGCUGUGGCAGGGCACUGGAUGCGCCGAGCUCGGCACGCUCGGGCGCCGUCCCAGGGCCGCUGUGGCCGUACAUCCCCGACUGCUCCGGGUCCGAGGAGUCUCUCUGGGAAUGCGGGCGCACGGAACGGCGCCAGUGCGGGCGCGGCGGCGGGGCAGGGGCCGUCUGCUCAGGUCAGUGCCGGGCACCCCCAGAUCAGGGCCCAGCAGAGGCCCCGGGGGGUUCCUGGCCGUGCCGUGACCCCCCUGCACCCCUUGCAGAGCAGCUCCUCGUGCAGCUGGCAGGAGGCCACGGGCGCUGCCGGGGCUACCUGGAGGUGUCCUACAACGGCACCUGGGGCCGCGUGUGUGCCAGCGGCACCAGCAGCGGCACCGCCGCCGCCGUCUGCCGCCAGCUGGGCUGUGGGGACCAGGGCUCGCUCUCACCUGUCCCCUCCCAGCAGCCAUCCCUUGCGUGGCUGGCCUGGGUGGGCUGUGAGGACGGGGCCCGCUCGCUCUGGGGGUGCCCCUCGGCCCCCUGGCACCUGCAGAGCUGUGGCACCGACGGGUACGCACAAGUGGAGUGUGAGGAGGACAGUGAUGGCACCUCUGAUGGACACAGCGCCCCAUAUCCAGAGGGUGCCACCAGCACAGGUAGCUCUGCCCGUGCCUGCAUCCCCCACAGCGGGCUGGCUGGGAUCCCCCUCCCCUCAGUGCCUGCCCGUGUCCCCACAGGUGUCCCCAGCAGAACGCCCUCAGCAGUGGCCCUGGGGACUGUGCCUGUGCCCACUGUGCUGUGCGUGGUGCUGGGGACGCUGCUGUGCCUGGCCCUGGGUGCCCUGGCCCUGCUGCUGUGCCGUGCCCGUGCCCGACACCGAGGCCCUGGCAAAGCUGCAGAUGCCACCUCCAUCGCUGUCUACGAGGAGCUGGAUUACAAAGCCAUGCCAGAGUACCAGGAGGUGCCCACUCCCCCAGGUUCCCUGUCGGAGGGAUGGGUGAAGAAGCUGCCGUAUUACACCGGGGACAGCGUGGAGGGGAGUGACUCUGAGGCAGCACCAGAUCCCCCUGCCCAGCCCGAGCAAGGAAGCCCGGAUGGCUACGACGAUGCCCUGGAUGUGCCACAGGAGGCCCCUGCUCCCAGCACGGGGGACAUCUCUGAGGGAGUGGCACGGCAGAAGUGGAUCUGUGUCCUCCCCACAGGUGGGAUCUCGUCCCCUCCAAGUUCCCCAGGAGCCACCAAGGACCCCACGGAUCAGCCCCCUGGGCACAUGGACUAUGAUGAUGUGGGCUGCAGCGCCCUGGGGACACUGCCGUGGCUGGGCUGGGAAUGGCUCUGGUUGUUGGAAGGACUUGUCCUAAAGGAGGGGAGGUCUCCUGAAGGAGGGGAGCGCCUUCCUGCCCCCCUGCAGCACCCCGCGGUGGCAGGGCAGCCGGGCCAUGGCCCCUGCCUGCGGCACGUCGUGCUCCAGGAGGUUCCCGAUCUUCAGGGCGGGCUGCAGAGCCCGGAGCGCGUCCAGAUCCUGCAGCAGGGCCUGGCUGAAGCCGUCCGUGCUCAGCCUGGGCGUGCAGGAGGCAGGAGAAGAGGAGAAGGCUCCGGGGAGCUGCGUCUGGUGGGCGGCGGCGGGCGCUGUGCCGGGCGCGUGGAGGUGAAGCACGGCGGUGAGUGGGGCUCCGUGUGCGUCUUCGACUACGACGGGGCAGCUCUCUGGGCCGUGGUGGUGUGCCGGCAGCUGGGCUGUGGCCGGGUGGCCAGGGCGUCCCCGUACGCCCCGUUCGGGCAGGGCAGUGGGCGGAUCUGGCUGCAGCCCUUCUUCUGCUUGGGAACCGAGGAUACGCUGGAGGAGUGUCCGCACUUCGGAUGGGGACGGCACUUCUGCGGCCACGAGCGGGACGUGGGGGUGACCUGCACAGAUGCCGUGGAGCUGAGGCUGGCGGGCGGCAGCAGUGCCUGUGCCGGGAGGGUGGAGGUGAAGCUGCAGGGACAGUGGGGCUCGGUGGCUGACGACAACUGGGACAUGGAGGACGCCGAGGUGGUUUGCCAGCAUGUGGGCUGUGGCUCGGCUUCCGGUGCCUACUACGCCCGUGACACCUUCGGUUUAGAUGUUGGGCUCAUCAGCCUGGCCCUGGUGGACUGCAGUGGGAAGGAGGCCACACUCUUGGACUGCACCAUCCGUGGCUGGGGACCCUAUAACAGCAGCAUUCAUGAGUUUGACACUGCCGUUUUCUGCCAAGGUAGGAGCUGGGCUUGGGGGGGACGGGGCACUUCCUGCACAUCCCUUGACACUGCUCCUGCAGGGUUCUCCCGGCUAGUCGGAGGUGAUGGAGCCUGUGCCGGGCGUCUGGAGGUGCGUCAGGGCCGAGCCUGGGUCGGUGUCUGUGAGGAUCAGGUGGACAUGAAGGCGGCUCAGGUGGUGUGCAGGGAGCUGGGCUGCGGUGAGGCGCUCGCCAUCCCUGGCCGUGCUGGAUUUGGGAGAGGAUCAGGAUCAUUCUGGGACAGGGGCUUCCAGUGCAAUGGCAGCGAGCCCCUCCUCAGUGCCUGUGCCCGGCGUCCGGCCCACAGGCAGGGCUGCACCGGCCCUGCCAGCGUCACCUGCUCGUCCUACACGGGCUUCCGGCUGGGCAACAGCAGCUCGGGAUGCUCCGGGCGAGUGGAGGUGGCGGUGCGGGGCACGUGGGGAUCCGUCUGCGCCAGCGAGUGGGACCUGGCCGACGCGCACGUCCUGUGCCGCCAGCUGGGCUGCGGCCGCGCCUUCAGCGUGCCCCCGGGAGGCUCCUUCGGCAGCGGGGAGGGGCCGCUGCGGCCGGACGCCUUCGGCUGCAGCGGGAGCGAGCGGCACCCGGGCGAGUGCCCCGUGGCCGUGCUGGGGAAGCCGCCCUGUGCGCCGGGAAACGCCGCCGCCGUCAACUGCUCAGGCAGUGUCGAGUCCCUGCGGCUGGUGGAAGGUGAGACCCGGUGCGAUGGGUUUCUGGAGAUGGCCGUAAGCACCGGGGCGUGGCACCGUGUACCAGGAGAGGUUUCGCCCGCACGGAAUUUCAGCAAAGUGUGCUGGGAGCUGGGCUGUGGAGGACUGGACAGGACUGAUGCUGUCCAUGGUCAGAUCUACCUGUUGGAUGUCAACACGACGGAGAAGCCCAUGACAGAACGGGUGAUUCCAACCAUCAUGGACACGACCCGCAAUGUGACCACUGGGACCAUUAGCGAUGAUAAUUUUGGGUAUGAAAGGGAGUUUGUCACGACUGCAGCAGCUGACAUCCCUCAUGGGAGCUACACUGUGUGCUCAGGUGGGUGUUGCGAGAGGGGCCGGAGGUGGCGGUGCCCCAGGCAGCCACCCCAGCCCAUGCCUUCCGUGCCCACAGGCAGCCGGCAGGUGAGGCUGGUGGGGAGCUCUGGGCGCUGUGCCGGGCGCGUGGAGGUCUAUUCCGGUGGCAGCUGGAGCUCCGUGUGCCAGGAAGGCUGGGACCUGCAGGACGCCGCCGUUGUCUGCCGGCAGCUGGGCUGUGGCAGGGCACUGGAUGCGCCGAGCUCGGCGCGCUCGGGCGCCGUCCCAGGGCCGCUGUGGCCGUACAUCCCCGACUGCUCCGGGUCCGAGGAGUCUCUCUGGGAAUGCGGGCGCACGGAACGGCGCCAGUGCGGGCGCGGCGGCGGGGCAGGGGCCGUCUGCUCAGGUCAGUGCCGGGCACCCCCAGAUCAGGGCCCAGCAGAGGCCCCGGGGGGUUCCUGGCCGUGCCGUGACCCCCCUGCACCCCUUGCAGAGCAGCUCUCCGUGCAGCUGGCAGGAGGCCACGGGCGCUGCCGGGGCUACCUGGAGGUGUCCUACAACGGCACCUGGGGCCGCGUGUGCGCCAGCGGCACCAGCAGCGGCACCGCCGCCGCCGUCUGCCGCCAGCUGGGCUGUGGGGACCAGGGCUCGCUCUCACCUGUCCCCUCCCAGCAGCCAUCCCUUGCGUGGCUGGCCUGGGUGGGCUGUGAGGACGGGGCCCGCUCGCUCUGGGGGUGCCCCUCGGCCCCCUGGCACCUGCAGAGCUGUGGCACCGACGGGUACGCACAAGUGGAGUGUGAGGAGGACAGUGAUGGCACCUCUGAUGGACACAGCGCCCCAUAUCCAGAGGGUGCCACCAGCACAGGUAGCUCUGCCCGUGCCUGCAUCCCCCACAGCGGGCUGGCUGGGAUCCCCCUCCCCUCAGUGCCUGCCCGUGUCCCCACAGGUGUCCCCAGCAGAACGCCCUCAGCAGUGGCCCUGGGGACUGUGCCUGUGCCCACUGUGCUGUGCGUGGUGCUGGGGAUGCUGCUGUGCCUGUCCCUGGGUGCCCUGGCCCUGCUGCUGUGCCGUGCCCGUGCCCGACGCCGAGGCCCUGGCAAAGCUGCAGAUGCCACCUCCGAUGCUAUUUACGAGGAGCUGGAUUACAAAGCCAUGCCAGAGUACCAGGAGGUGCCCACUCCCCCAGGUUCCCUGUCGGAGGGAUGGGUGAAGAAGCUGCCGUAUUACACCGGGGACAGCGUGGAGGGGAGUGACACCAUGGCAGCGCCAGAUCCCCCUGCCCAGCCCGAGCAAGGAAGCCCGGAUGGCUACGACGAUGCCCUGGAUGUGCCACAGGAGGCCCCUGCUCCCAGCACGGGGGACAUCUCUGAGGGAGUGGCACGGCAGAAGUGGAUCUGUGUCCUCCCCACAGGUGGGAUCUCGUCCCCUCCAAGUUCCCCAGGAGCCACCAAGGACCCCACGGAUCAGCCCCCUGGGCACAUGGACUAUGAUGAUGUGGGCUGCAGCGCCCUGGGGACACUGCCGUGAGGAUGUCCUGGCCAUGCCACAGCCCUGGGGACACGUGUGUGGCAGUGUGGUGGGGCCCUGCCCAUGGAAGUCAGCCCUCGCUGUCCAGCACUGCAGGAAAGCAGCUCCUGUGUAGGGAUUUUCUUUGAUUUCAGUGUGAAUUUCCCUUUUUUCCUAUUAAAAUCCAAACUGGUCAGAGACUCAC